AUGGAGAUUGUGGUUAUCUCAGGGGGGUUUUGGGGAUCAAGUGUGGGAGAGGUUUAUGCUAAAAUGGUCACCGAAACACCAUUAGCGAAUCAAAGUAAUCAGUUUAUCGCUCAGUACUUAGGGUCAAACGAUGAUGUUCAAGUCAUGUCAAAGGUUUCCUACACCAGUGCAGUUGGGUACUUCGAUGGGCAACAAAGGAUUUUUUCAGUUGUGAGGUUAGCAGAUGGAGACUACACAGGGGGCUUGGACGAUAGGAGGCUUGCAACGGGAUAUGUUGUGGAAAGGCCUAAUUGUUGGAAGUCCAGGGUACAGUCUCAAGGUGCGCUGGUUACAACUGGAUUGAAGAACUUGGCAGAGGCUAAGGUUGUCAAGGUAGCAUUGUGGUUCAGAGGAUCUUUCAAAGAGUUGGGUGUUCAGCUUGGUGGAGUUCCUAUUACCAUGGUCAAGUUCAAGCGUGGCUUGGACUUGGUUUACGUCUCUAGGCGUUAG